AGAGCAUCAUCUUUUUCUCCUCGCGUCGUUCCUAUUGGUCGACUUGCUCCUGACAUCAUGAGCUUUCUACCGUGGGCGCGUCGCAUCUUCAGAAUGGUUUGCGGCGCAUGCGCAGACUCUCCUCCGGCGGUGAUGAUUAUUAUGAGGCGGCUGAAGAACUGACUGAUAGUGAUGAUUAUGGUUGUGAUGAUGAUGGUGAUGAUAAUAAUGCUGCGCGGAUACAACAACAUCCACAAUAAACCCCUGACGCAACGGUAAGAAAAACGCUCAUCCGACGUCGACUGACUAGCUUCAACAAUCGCUUCUCCCGCAAUAUCAGACGCGCUUUGACGAUCAAGCAGAGCCUCAGCAUCAGCAUUAUAUACAUCAUGUCUGCGUGUUGGAUGGAUUUUGACAGGCAUGAGAACUGAAACCUGAUAGAAGGGUGGCAGGAGAAUGACACUGCAGCUCGUAGAUAAACAAUGGCAGCAGGGGCAGCGGAUGGUGAUUUACGGAGCGGUUUUCCUCAUCACGACGCUCCUCAUCCUCUACAGCUCCAGCAGCUCAGCUGAUCUUUCCAGAUCCUUCAAGACAAGCAACUUCCGUCAAAUCCACCACACGCUCAAAACCACCAACCUCAAGAAAUGGGCUGGAAAAGACGGAUACCUUCCUGUUUACGGCAACAAGAGCCUGAACCUGCACUGCCAUCUCGCAUUAGUGACCAGCUCCAGUCACGUGUUGGGCUCUCAGGCAGGCGAGGAGAUCGACAGAACGCAGUGUGUUUUCCGCAUGAACAAUGCUCCCACCUCCGGACACCAGUCAGAUGUGGGCAACCGGACCACUGUUCGCGUCGUGGCUCACUCCAGCGUCUUCAGCGUGGUCCGCAAGCCGGCAGAGUUUCUCAACCGCUCUGAAAACCCCAUCAUCAUUUUCUGGGGCCCGUCCUCCAAGAUCAGCCGGGAAGCAAAGGGAACGCUGUACCACCUCAUCCAGAGAGUCAGCAUGACCUACAGAAACCUGUCCUUCUUCUUCAUCUCACCCAGCAAAAUGCAGAAGUUUGAUGCGCUUUUCCAGAAGGAGACCGGCAGAGACAGAAAAAAGUCUCAGUCCUGGUUAAGCACCGGCUGGUUCACCAUGGUGAUCGCCAUAGAGAUGUGUGACAACAUAAAGGUUUAUGGGAUGGUGCCACCAAACUAUUGUGGACGUCCUCAACCCAAGCGGAUGCCAUAUCACUACUACAAACCCAGAGGUCCAGACGAGUGCGUGACGUACCUCCAGAACGAGAGGGGGCUCCGCGGCUCACACCACCGAUUCAUCACGGAGAAACAAGUGUUUGCGCGCUGGGCAAAAGUCUACAACAUCAGCUUCACCAGCCCAACAUGGUGAGCAAAACCAUCUCUGCGUUUCACAGCCUGAUCCAAAAUGGCUACCGCUUCAAACACAUUGCCUCCAGUAUGGCUGCUAGUUUCUCGAUGAGAUCAAUGAGUGGCUGAGCCAAAAUGGAGGCCAUUCAGAGAUCCAGAAUGAAGCACUGAAGGAUGGACAAUCUUUGGAAAUUUGAUGACGUUUAGCAUGGUGUUCUGAAAUGCAUCUACAUAUUACUGCCGUCAAUUCUUUCAUGCCUUCUCUUAGUUUUUUUUUACCCAUAAUCCACUUCUUUGAGGACAAAGGGGUAAAGUCUAGAUCGGAUAUGCGGCCGGCCGGAAGUGCGCUAUGCACAUUAAUAAAGCAGCAUUUUUUAUGACACUGU